GUCUCUAAAGUAAACAAUGAUGAUCAUAUUGAAGACAAUGAAGUGGAUGAAGUUGGCCCAAGCAGUUUAGUUGGAGAAGAAGGUGGAGAGUUAAUCCCAAUGAUGCUAGAUAUGAUUCCCUAUGUAUCACUUGUAGAUCAAGCUACGCCAUCCAUGAAAUUUAAGGAACUUAAAGGAGCAUGGGUCAUAUAUUCUACAGAACGACGUUCUUGCCAAGACUGUAUAUCUUUUUUCAGUCUACUCAAGUCUAAACCAUUAGGACCCCUUAGAGGUUCUAACCCAGGAGCAUGCAAAUCCCAAAAACACAUAGUUUCUCCCCCAAAAAUCACUUCUCCAGUCGGGGACCGUAUUAGAUAUUUACCUAAACCUGUAGGUCCUUGA